AUGAAGACUACUGACCAUGGCUUGAACCCAACAGGGUACUUGAAGGGCUUCGACAUUAGCGGAAUGGCGCCAUACGUGGACUACUUUAAUUUCAUGUCCCAUGAUAUUCACGGGACGUGGGACGGUAAUAGUCAAUGGACAAGCUCUGUCGUCGAUCCCCACUCAAACCUGACGGAGAUCUCUGAAGGACUAAGCCUGCUAUGGCGCAACAUUGUUGAUCCUGUCAAAGUUCUGCUCGGCCUGGGAUUCUAUGGUCGCUCUUUCACGUUGGCUGACAACUCAUGUGCUACUCCGGGAUAUAACUUCAAUGCCGAGGGUGGCAACGUCGGCGGUGGUGUAUAUCAAACCCACACGCAUGGGUGCAUCUUCCCGAUGGCUUGA